CGGUGCAGCAGCCCCGCCGCGGCUCGGCCACCAUCGCCGAGGCGCCGCUGCUCCCACAGACGCUCGCGAGCCGCCCCCCGCGCUUCCAGCCUCCUCUUCCUCCCGCACGCCCGAGACACUCGCCCGCCUUGGGUCUCGCCCCCGCCUCCGCCUCCCCCGUGCUCUCCCCUCGCUCGCCUCCCAUAUUGUCUCUGCCUCAUUUUCUCUCCUAGUUGAGGAAAAAAAAAAAUCACCAUCAUCCUCAGAGAGCCCCUCGCCCUCAGAAAAACAAAACCAGACAUGAUCCUGGGCUCCCGCUUCUGAAGGACUGGCCGAGCGAGGAGCAGGGAGCUAGUGGAGACCGUCCCAGAGGUCAAGGGAGGGAAGCCCCCGCAGCCCCCGGCCCUGUCCCCGCGGCCGGCCACUUCUCGGCCCGAGCCCGGCGGUCCCCAGCCCCGCGGGCCUCCCGCCCCGUCCCCCUCUUUCCCGGGAGCCGGACGAACACACCUCCAUUGAUGGUGUAGCGCAUUCGGGGAAGCGUUUUUGAAACGUUGGGGUAGUUGGAGUGGUUGGAUUUUCCCUGGAAUUGAGUGAGAAAUUCAGAAGACUGAAGCCCAGGCUUACUGUCUACCUUUCACGGAGGCCUAGCCGUGAGAGGACAGAAGAAGGCACGUGGAGAAUCAUGACAGCUGAUAAAGACAAAGACAAAGAUAAAGAGAAGGACCGGGACCGAGAUCGGGACCGAGAGAGAGAUAAACGAGACAAAGCAAGAGAGGGUGAGAAUUCAAGACCACGCAGGAGCUGCACCUUGGAAGGAGGAGCCAAAAAUUAUGCUGAGAGUGACCACAGCGAAGAUGAGGAUAAUGACAAUAAUAGUGCCACCACGGAGGAGUCCACGAAGAAGAACAAAAAGAAACCACCGAAAAAAAAAUCUCGUUAUGAAAGGACAGACACUGGCGAGAUAACCUCUUACAUCACUGAGGAUGAUGUCGUCUAUAGACCAGGAGACUGUGUGUAUAUCGAGAGUCGGAGGCCAAACACGCCGUAUUUCAUCUGUAGCAUUCAAGACUUCAAACUGGUCCACAACUCCCAGGCCUGCUGCAGAUCUCCAACUCCUGCUUUGUGUGACCCCCCAGCAUGCUCUCUGCCGGUGGCGCCACAGCCGCCACAACAUCUUUCUGAAGCCGGGAGAGGGCCUGUGGGGAGUAAGAGGGACCAUCUACUCAUGAACGUCAAAUGGUACUACCGCCAGUCUGAAGUUCCAGAUUCUGUGUACCAGCAUUUGGUUCAGGAUCGGCAUAAUGAAAAUGACUCUGGAAGAGAACUUGUCAUUACAGACCCAGUUAUUAAGAACCGAGAGCUCUUCAUUUCUGAUUACGUUGACACAUACCAUGCUGCUGCCCUUAGAGGGAAGUGUAACAUCUCCCACUUUUCUGACAUAUUUGCUGCUAGAGAGUUUAAAGCUCGAGUGGAUUCAUUUUUCUACAUAUUAGGCUACAACCCUGAGACAAGGAGGCUGAACAGCACCCAGGGAGAAAUUCGUGUUGGUCCUAGCCAUCAGGCCAAACUUCCUGAGUUGCAGCCGUUCCCUUCUCCAGAUGGUGACACUGUGACCCAGCAGGAGGAACUGGUCUGGAUGCCUGGAGUUAAUGACUGUGACCUCCUCAUGUACUUGAGGGCAGCAAGGAGCAUGGCCGCAUUCGCAGGGAUGUGUGAUGGAGGCUCCACGGAAGAUGGCUGUGUUGCGGCGUCUCGGGAUGACACUACCCUCAAUGCACUGAAUACACUACAUGAGAGUGGGUAUGAUGCGGGCAAAGCCCUACAGCGCCUGGUGAAGAAGCCUGUGCCCAAGCUGAUCGAAAAGUGCUGGACGGAGGAUGAAGUGAAACGCUUCGUUAAGGGGCUCAGGCAGUACGGCAAGAACUUCUUCAGAAUUAGGAAGGAGCUGCUUCCCAAUAAGGAAACAGGGGAGCUAAUCACCUUCUAUUACUACUGGAAGAAAACCCCUGAAGCAGCCAGCUCCAGGGCCCAUCGAAGGCACCGCAGGCAGGCCGUGUUCAGGAGGAUCAAGACCCGCACCGCGUCCACACCCGUCAGCACGCCCUCCAGACCCCCCUCCAGCGAGUUCCUGGACCUGAGUUCGGCCAGCGAGGAUGACUUUGACAGUGAGGACAGCGAGCAGGAAUUGAAGGGGUACGCCUGCCGCCACUGCUUUACCACCACCUCCAAAGACUGGCACCACGGGGGCCGGGAGAACAUCCUCUUGUGUACAGACUGCCGUAUCCACUUCAAGAAAUACGGCGAGCUCCCGCCCAUUGAGAAGCCCGUGGACCCUCCCCCAUUCAUGUUCAAACCUGUCAAAGAGGAAGAGGAUGGGCUCAGUGGGAAGCAUAGCAUGAGGACGCGGCGCAGUCGUGGCUCGAUGUCUACACUGCGCAGUGGUCGGAAGAAGCAGCCAGCCAGCCCUGAUGGUCGCGCCUCACCCAUCAAUGAAGACAUCCGCUCCAGUGGCCGGAACUCACCCAGUGCUGCCAGCACCUCCAGCAAUGAUAGCAAAGCAGAGACCGUGAAGAAGUCAGCCAAGAAAGUGAAGGAGGAAGCCUCAUCACCCCUUAAGAGCACCAAGCGCCAGCGGGAGAAGGUGGCCUCUGAUACCGAGGAGGCUGACAGGACCAGCUCCAAGAAGACGAAAACCCAGGAGAUCAGCCGGCCCAACUCACCAUCGGAAGGCGAGGGAGAGAGUUCGGACAGCCGGAGUGUCAACGAUGAGGGCAGCAGUGACCCCAAAGACAUCGACCAGGACAAUCGCAGCACGUCCCCCAGCAUCCCCAGCCCCCAGGACAACGAGAGCGACUCGGACUCUUCGGCCCAGCAGCAGAUGCUGCAGGCCCAGCCCCAAGCCUUGCAGGGGGCCCCCAGUGCGGCCCCUCCAGCUCCCUCCACUGUCCCACCGGGAGCCUCCCAGCUCCCCACACCAGGGCCCACGCCCUCUGCCACUGCAGGCCCUCCACAGGGCUCGCCCUCAGCCUCCCAGCCCCCUAGCCAGCCACAGGCUCCAGUGGCUUCUGCUCCCCAUGCUCAUAUCCAGCAGGCGCCUGCCCUGCACCCACAGCGGCUGCCCUCACCGCACCCCCCGCUCCAGCCUCUGACCGUGACAGCUGGCCAGACCUCUGCCCCACCUCACAGCCAGCCCCCGCUGCAUAGUCAGGGCCCAGGUGGCCCUCACAGCCUCCAGGCUGGGCCCCUGCUGCAGCACCCAGGCCCCCCUCAGCCCUUUGGCCUCCCUCCCCAGGCCUCUCAAGCAUCUGCUCUUCCUCAUGCCUCCCUGCAGCCCACAGCCUCGCAGUCAGCCCUGCAGCCCCAGCAGCCCCCACGGGAGCAACCCCUGCCACCAGCCCCCUUGGCCAUGCCCCACAUCAAGCCCCCACCCACCACUCCCAUCCCCCAGCUGCCGGCCCCCCAAACCCACAAGCACCCACCUCACCUCUCAGGGCCCUCGCCCUUCUCCAUGAAUGCCAACCUCCCACCCCCUCCAGCACUGAAGCCUCUGAGCUCCCUGUCCACGCACCAUCCCCCCUCAGCCCAUCCCCCUCCCCUGCAGCUCAUGCCUCAGAGCCAGCCCCUGCCCUCCUCCCCUGCACAGCCCCCGGUGCUGACCCAGAGCCAGAGCCUGCCUCCUGCUGCUGCCACUCACCCCCCAGCGGGCCUCCACCAGGUGCCCCCCCAGCCCCCCUUUGCUCAGCACCCCUUUGUCCCCGGGGGACCUCCUUCCAUCACCCCUCCCACCUGCUCCUCCACCUCCACCCCUCCCGCGGGACCUGGCCCCUCGGCCCAGCCACCCUGCUCUGCUGCUGUGUCUUCGGGAGGCAGCGGCCCCGGGGGGGCAGCCUGCCCACUCCCCACCGUCCAGAUCAAGGAAGAGGCUCUAGAUGAUGCUGAGGAGCCCGAGAGCCCACCGCCCCCGCCUAGGAGCCCAUCCCCCGAGCCCACUGUGGUGGACACCCCCAGCCAUGCCAGCCAGUCAGCCAGGUUCUACAAGCAUCUGGACCGUGGUUACAACUCGUGUGCGCGGACAGACCUGUAUUUCAUGCCUCUGGCGGGAUCCAAACUGGCCAAGAAGAGGGAGGAGGCCAUCGAAAAGGCCAAACGGGAGGCUGAGCAGAAAGCACGAGAGGAGCGGGAGCGUGAGAAGGAGAAAGAGAAAGAGCGCGAGCGGGAACGAGAGCGGGAGCGGGAGGCAGAGAGAUCAGCCAAGGCGUCCAGCUCGGCCCAUGAAGGCCGCCUCAGCGACCCCCAGCUCAGUGGUCCUGGCCACCUACGGCCAUCCUUCGAGCCUCCACCAACCACCAUUGCCGCGGUGCCUCCGUACAUCGGGCCCGACACGCCUGCCCUUCGGACUCUGAGCGAGUACGCUCGGCCCCACGUCAUGUCACCCACCAACCGCAACCACCCCUUCUACAUGCCCCUCAACCCCACUGACCCUCUGCUGGCCUACCACAUGCCCAGCCUCUACAAUGUGGACCCCACCAUCCGGGAGCGGGAGCUCCGGGAGCGGGAGAUCCGGGAGCGGGAGAUCCGGGAGCGGGAGCUGCGGGAGAGGAUGAAGCCAGGCUUCGAGGUGAAGCCCCCGGAACUGGACCCCUUGCACCCAGCCACCAACCCCAUGGAGCACUUCGCCCGGCACAGCGCCCUCACCAUCCCCCCCACGGCGGGCCCCCACCCUUUCGCUUCUUUCCACCCGGGCCUGAACCCCCUGGAGAGGGAGAGACUGGCCCUGGCGGGCCCCCAGCUGCGGCCCGAGAUGAGCUACCCUGAUAGACUGGCGGCCGAGCGGAUCCACGCCGAGCGCAUGGCGUCGCUGACCAGCGACCCUCUGGCCCGCCUGCAGAUGUUCAACGUGACCCCGCACCACCACCAGCACUCCCACAUCCACUCGCACCUCCACCUCCACCAGCAGGACCCCCUCCACCAAGGCUCAGCAGGCCCAGUGCACCCGCUGGUUGACCCCCUGACCGCUGGUCCUCACCUGGCUCGCUUUCCCUACCCCCCUGGCACUCUCCCCAACCCUCUGCUUGGACAGCCCCCCCAUGAGCACGAGAUGCUUCGUCAUCCAGUUUUUGGUACCCCCUACCCCCGAGACCUGCCUGGGGCCAUCCCACCCCCCAUGUCUGCAGCCCACCAGCUGCAGGCCAUGCACGCCCAGUCAGCAGAGCUGCAGAGACUGGCCAUGGAGCAGCAGUGGCUGCACGGACACCCCCACAUGCAUGGUGGCCACCUACCAAGUCAGGAGGACUAUUACAGUCGACUGAAGAAAGAAGGUGACAAGCAGUUAUAAGUUAUUUAUUUGUUAGCGCUGGCUGUGGAAACCCCAAUUCUUGGGGGGAGAAACAGGACUUUUUACAUACAAUAUGAGCUACAAAAGCAAAAAGAAUAUCUUCUAAAGAUUUCUUUAUAUAUUUAAAAACCCCACAACUAAAAAUGUUAUCAGCAUAAUAGUGUUUGUUUGUAGAGAGGAUUCCUUGAGACUGGUUUGGGUCUCCCUGCAUGACAGUCCCCCAGAAACUUAGUGAGUCCUGGACUGGACUGAACAUUCAGAAAACUUUCCCUGCAAUCUUGGGGUUUGGCUUUAGUUUUCUUUUCCUUCCUUGAUUUCUUGGUAGGUGCUAGAAUCCAGUACACACCCUUCACUGUGCGUGCAGACACACUCGGUUAUGUGUGUUCCAGAACCCGCGAGGUUUGCAGAUAGGUGGCAUAUGAGUUUGGAAUCCAAGAGCUAUAAUUUUUAAAAAAAACUUUUAUUUUAAUACAUUGUAGGAGAUCUUCAUAAUUUGAGAAAGUUCUGCAGCAUGGCUUUUUAUGUCUGUAAAUAAAUAAUUUUAGAACGGCAUUUUUUUUCUUCCACAAACUAUUCUGAUCUAUUUUUUCCAGCCAUGUCACUCAUUGUGAAUUCCUACCAGCUAUUGACAGAAUACAGAGUUGAUUUUUUAAUAAAAAGUUAUAUAUAAUUAUCCCUUUAAUUAAAGGGAACAGAUGGGCGUUACUAAUUGCAAACGGGCAGAGGCUUGGGACGUGGUGCCGUCGCAGCAGGGAGCACCCCGGGGUCUGCAGGGACGGUGUUACAGACCGUUGCUUUGUUUUGCUGCCUUGAUUUUCACUUCCGUGUGUUUCUAGCUUGGGCUUUGCCAGAAGUGCAGGUAACGGUUAGAUGAAGCCUCUCUUUUGUCCCAGGAGUGCAGGAGUUAAGUGUCCACCUUGUCUCCACAGGGUAGAAAGCACAUGUUUCUGCGUGUCUGAUUGUAGAAUCCCUUAUAGGUUUCUGUGCACACACGUUUGGUUGUUCUGGAUGAACUGCCUUUUUAAAUACUCUGACAAUUUCAUAAACAUUCUAGAAAAUUUAAGAAAACACGAUUCCCCGCAAAGAACUCAUCACACACGCUUGCCAAAGGAAUCUUUCGGAAAAAAACCCUGCCCUGUGUGUGUCAUCGUUAGGGUCCUCCUGUGGGGAGGCCAGGUCCUCUGGCCAUGCAGCUGGAGGCCUCGGAGUUGGCACGGUUGUGUGGCGGCCUGCGCACCUCCCCCAGGAGCUGGUCCAUGCACGGUGACCCACAUCAGAUGGGGACAGCAUUUGAGUCCCACUGUUCCUCCUGGGGGUGGGAGCAGGAGUCGCAGCUGCCAAUGUGGAACGAGAAGGCAGGCUUCCUUCCACCUGGAGCUGCCAGCCCGAGGGCCCCGGCUGGCCUGCAGAGCGCCCACCUCUCCUUUCUGAGUCGCGGGCAUGGUGUGCUUUCUCCAGGGCGGGGGACCUGGGGAUGUCUGCACCCAGGGAUUCGGCCUUCCAUCUGGGUGUGGUCUUCUCUGUUUCUCCCCCUUCAGACUCUUGAGGGCUGCUUCUGCCAUUGCGUGUGGUAGUCCCACCGGAGAACUGCCAGACAAGACAGAGCGCCCGAGGCUCGGGGGUGUGGGGUAUGGCCAGGAUUGGAGCUCAGUUCGGGGGCCGGACCAGAGGCUGGCGCGUUGACCCAGAAGCCAGCAGGCAGAUUUGGGUUUUGGACUCAAACCUGCAUCGGGGGCAUUUCCAGUUUCUACUUAAACUGGUUUCAGUUGGGACAGACAGGAUUGUUUUGUCUGCUGGGACUAUUCUGGAAAUGUUUGUCGUUUUCCUCUUUCAUUUUCUCCCGUUCCAUUUCUGCCUUAACUUCAGCUCCUUAGAGGGAGGCAAGCUCAAAGGAGCCCUGUGUCCCCAGACUCGGUGCGCGCGGGCAGGCGGCGCUUGUUUCCUCCGGGGGUAGGGCCAGCCCGAGGCCCCCACCUCCUCCGCAUCUUUGUUUUCCUUUCGGUGGAACACGGUGCCUGCCACUCAGUUAGACCUUCUUGACCGCCUCUCUGUGUCACCCAUUUUUCCAAAGAAGAGACAGAGUGAAGUACUUGCCGGUCUCUACUUGAAGACUGUCUGAAGGUGUUUUCUCGUUAGGUUUCGGUUCUCCCCCACAUCCCAAGGUGAAGCACUGAGAUUCCGCCGUUUAAGAACCUUCGACCUGAGACCCUCACUGGGUCAGCUACGGUGUGUUCAGGAGGCCCCAGACCUUCAUGGUGUCUUUGAAGCCCGACCCCUUGGUUUCCUUUUGGAUUUUCCUUCCUUUUGUUUGAAGUUUGGUUUGGCUUCUCCGUGUCCUGUACGCGUCUUGUCGAAUGUUGUCAGGAUUGAGCUUCGCGCUCCGCUGCGGCAGCAGAGCGGAGUUACAUUCUGGUUCGCAACGUUUAUAUAUAUCUUGAAGCUAAAUGUAUAUAUGAGUAGUUUGCCAUGAGAUAACACAGUGUAAACAGAGUAGACACCCAGAAAUCGUGACUUCUGUGUUCUCUCCAUUUGAGUAUUUUGUAAUUUUUUUGAGAUAUUUGUGGACAUAAAUAAAACCAAGCUACACCGCA